AUGAUAAAGUAUAAGAAAGGUGAUGAUAUAACUUGUGAGAAUUGCAAGACAAAUAUAACUCCAUUAUGGAGAAGGAGUGAGACGGGUAACUACCUGUGCAAUGCAUGUGGGCUGUACUUAAAAAUACACAAGAAACACAGACCAGUUAAGUUCAUGAGCAAAGAAAUAAAGCACAGGCAGAGGCAGACUGUGCCUAGGUUGCUAUCAGAUGGAGGAACAGAAGGGUAUGAAGUAGCAUACAAUGAAAUUAAUACGAAUGGAGAAGAAAGAAAGGAUAUGUUCGAGGACUGUCUUGUAAUAAAUUAUUCAGAGGAAGAAAUAGAAGCACUCUCGGGGCUGGUUAUGCUUAUAGAUAUGGACAAAUCAUAG